CACUUGGCAACGCUGCAGUGGUCGUGAUUGUCGGAAUCAAUUUUUGAUAUUGUCGACGAGACGUGUGGAUUUUAGUAAGAAAUUAAAUCAAAAAUUGUUUAAAAAUACAUAAAAAGCAUAAGAAAAAGCUUUUUAAAGUUCAAUUAUUUCACCAUUGAGAUGGGGCAGUGUAUCAGUCAUGAUGACUGCAACACGGUUGGAUAGCUAGGUAGACUUGUAGACAAAAUGUCGACUAUUGAGAAAUCAAUCAUCUUAGUAUUAAAAACGUUAAGAAUUGGUUCUGAAAUAAUCUUGUAUAUUACAUCGUUUCUUAUAUUUGUAAAGAUUUCGGUUUGUGGAGUAUAGUUUCACCUCAGUAUCGAUUUUUUCGUUGCAAAUAUCUAUUAGUGUUUUGGAAUGUUUUUUGAUUUUAUAUAGACAUUUAAUGUUAAUAUAUGCAUGUUUUAAUUACAUGUAUGUAAGUAAUAUAAAAUGUAAACUUAUGCAUAAUUGUGAGUAAACCAAUUGGAAAUUUUGGUGCUAAAAGACAAAUGUUGAACAUAUUUGAGAAAUCGAGGAAGGUGUAUGCAACGACGAAACAGCCCCAUUUUGCUCUUUAUCGUGUGUUCAUAACGAUCUGCAACGUAAACCUCCAGCGCAAAUGGCGUGUCUUGGCUCCAUGUGUGUCAAGUCCAUGUGCCUGUUGUAUUUGGUGUUCAGCUAGCUCGUGUUUGUUCGCAUUUGCGUUUUGUUUCAUUUUCGGUUCAGUUCGUCUGCGCUUUUUACGAGACCAAAGUGUGUUUACUCAAUAAUAACCGACAUGAUUCAACUGCAAUUCGUAUUUAUGGUUCACAUUAAAGAAACUAUUUUAUUAAUUUCAAAACAAAAUUAAAUUAGUUUAUUUCAAUGUUUGUAAAGAUCGGUGCAAGAAAAUAUUUAAAUUAAUGUAUGUGUAUGCACAAACAGUUCUGCUGUUCUGCCUACAUAAAUUGACAAAGGAGCAUAUUAUUAUUGGCAAGUCAAUAAAUCAAACAUAAAACCAUGAAGUUUCGUGCUAUGAUGCAGGAUCCUGAGUACAUGCGUGAAUUUCUCUACAUCAUACAAACAUUAUCAAAAUUGGCGAAAACAUGCGUAAUGAAAAUCUCUUUGGACAGAGUCUAUUUUGUAGCAAAUGAGGAAUCCGGUAGUACAGCACCAUUGGUAUGGGUGGAAAUUGAUCCUCAGCAAUAUUUCGCUGAAUACACAAUGCAAGGCGUCGACAGUGAAAACGAUCCACAUAUUGUGUUAAAUAUACCGACAUUGAAUCUGGGAACGGCACUAUCCUUACUUCGUAACAAUCCUAGCUAUUGUAAAUUGAAGCUGACUAAUUUACAGUUCCCAUGUUUAACAAUCGACAUUGACGCGGCAACUAAGAGUUCAGAUAAGUCACGUCGCGCUAUGCACCAUGUACCAGUGGAUGUGAUACCGCGCUGUGAUUGGCCACAUUUUGCCGUCCCUACUGUUCCAGCAUGUAAGCUAGUAUUAAAUGUGCCAUCCAAUCGUUUAAUACGCGGUCUAAUUGAUAAAAUAAAGAAUCUCUCACCGACUAUAAUUUUUUACGCAACCUCUGCCGGUGAGAUGAAUUUAGUCGCCGAAACGGAUAUGGCAACAAUAACAACACGUUAUCAAAACCUAGAAUUACGUACCAUGAAUCCAGGUGAAAGUGACAAGAACAAAGAGCAAAUAGAGGCAUCUUGUUCGGUGGACUGUAAGAAAACUGCAUUGUUUUUCUCGGCACUUCAAAUACCAUCAACGGAAUUGUCAUGUGGCAUAGCAGAUGAUCGACUAAUACAUUUAGAAGUAAAUGUACGCGACGGCAUUGCCAUUCACUCCAAAUUGCCAGCUGUGUGCAUAUAAACAGCAACCGACUUUGACCAAUAUGUUUUUAUCAACAAUACAUCGUUAUUCUUAUCAUUAUAUCGUAACAAGUUUAUCAAAAGUUGAAUAAUAAAUAUGGCAUUUUUCAAAUGUUAAACACGUACUUAUCAGUAUAUUUCAGUGUAUUGAAGCCACUCGAUUUUUCGUAACAAAUCCAGUGAAAAUAGUUCUUCCAUUCCUGACAAAUAUAGACAAUAUUUUAUAUGCAUAUCUGCACAUGUAUUUUCCAUUUGAAUUGUUACAAAUAUCUCUUGCAAUAGCGUCUGGAUUUAAAUGCUAGAUAUACAUCAUCACCCGAUUCUGUCUAGUAAUAUAAAAAAUUCCAUCAAGAAUAAAACACAGAUUAUAUAGACAAGGAUUUAUCAAUUAAUUAUACAAUUGUUUUUAUCGAUCGAAGUCUUGUAUUUUUGCUUAUACACAGUCUAACUACUGGUAAAGUCCGCCUCGGCAGCUAGCAUUGCAGCAAGAGAAAAAAGUAAUUAGCCUUGAUUAAAUAAUGCGACCUUGAGCAUAUAAUACUGAAACGGUGUUUGAGUUUUUGCCAGCACUGUAGGCAUAUAUAUAUGUAUGUACAUAUGUACGAAAAGUAAAAUCCUGUUUUUUUUCGAAACUGUGGAUGAACGUUUAAAAUCUUGCGGCAAUGUCGUCUUCAGAAUCUGGUUCCAGACUUCAGCCAUACACUAUGUUCACUGUUACGCUUUGCCUUGUCAAUAUUUUGGAGUUCGCUCUCAAACGCAACAAUAUAUGCUUAUAUAGAUAUGAAUACGCUGUGUGCGUAUGUACAUAUACAUAUGCUGUGACCAGAGAACUUUGAUUUGUUUGCGUAUAAAUAUAUUCAUCUAUGUAUGUACAUAUGUACAUUGUAAGUAUAUAGACUUGUAUUUCGUUUUGACUGAUUAACUUGAGUUAUUGAGUGGGGUCAUUGUGUACUCUUCGCCGCUAGAGCGCAUUUGCUGCUCUCCAAAGUUGGACUCGUGUGGGGCCUAAUUGCUAAUUGCAUACAUUCAUAUGUAUGUGUGUAUGUGAAUAUUUAGGCUUCUCUGUUUCACUGUUACCACUGUCCUGUUUCAUUUUGGUUAUGGAGUUCGGUGUUUUAUUUAAUAUUUGUUUUUGAUUUCAUUUUCAACUCGUUUGCCAAUGGACAUGGACAAGUUUCUUUAUUUGUUGCUAUAUUUGCUUAUCAUUGUUUUGGUGUGUUUUUUGGUUUAUUCGUAGCAAAACCUUUUUCUUUCUAUUUAUGUAUGUAUGUAUAUGCUUUUGCUUUCGUUCAACAUUCGGCUAUGUUAAUAAUUGUUUAUUCUUAAAGUGGAGAGGCGUUAAAAAUACAUGAUUUGAACAUUUUUACUUCGUAUUUUUUACAAAUUAAUAGUUAUACUAAUAAAUUAAUGUUUUCUUUGAACACUGCAAAUGAAAUCGUUGAACUUUUUUCAGUUUGAAAUUUGAUUCAGCUUGAAAACGAUUUAAAAUUUACUCUAUAAUUGUCUCUAUCUACUAUGGUUUUAUAUUAUUGUAUUAAGGACGGUGCACUUGUUGUUGCUUCUUUAAUGGUAUCGUUGUACUGCCAAUUUGCAACACCUAUCAGACUACUUUAGAUGGAGACCUAAAAAUUGAUGGUUGUGCUUAAGUCCACAAAGUUUCUAGACUAAAUCGUCGAACAUUUCGAUUAAUUGCUCUUAAUUGUGAAACCAUAACCUCAAUUUUAUGUAUAUUAGCCAAAGCUUUCUAAAAGCUAUUAAAUAGCGAACUUAAAAUCCAUUUUGGGGUAUAAAUAAUGCAACUUAAAGUUUAAGAUGCGUUUAAAAAAGUCAUUGCAGUGGUGAAGUGCCACCCAGAUAUUGGUGUGUCUUACGUUAGCUUCGAUGGAGCUAUGUAUCUAUAAGGCAAGGUGUACGCCAGCUGUUCCUGCACCAUCUAUGAUCUCUAGAAACACCGUCAAGUUUCAAAUGUUCAAUAAAAUAAUGAGAAAACUUAACAAGAAGAGCUCAUUUUGAUGCGGCCAAUAAAGAAUAUUACCUGUCUGGUAAAUUAAAAAGUGGUCGAAUAAUUGUAUAGUUAGUAUGCUGGUAUUCCGAAUUGCAAACCUUGGAUGCAUGUAACCAAUACACCUUCAAUCCUCCAAUUGGUAAGAAAUAUUUAUUAAAAGCUUUCGGCUUCCGUUGUGCGGUCAAUGCUAAAACUUGGCUUAAACGUGAAUUUUGAAUGCGUAAUAAAUCUUAUUCUCAAAUAUGCAUAAGCAAAUGACUUACAUACAUAUGUAUAUAUGCCGUUUGUUAUGUAAUAUACAAUUAUUAUAUACAUUUGUAAGUAUUUUAGGUAUAAUUAAAAAAAAACUUAAACAUACAUACCUUUAAAAACUGCUGCGCACUUCCAAUCGGUCGUCGCAUUUCGGCCUAAGACGGUAGCAAACAUUGACAAAAAUUAUAGGUCGAGAAUAUGUGAAGUGACUUGAAAUACAGUUUGUUGACCCCAUUUCGAAAAUGAGAAACAUACUCAACGUGUUUCGUAGUCGUGUCCGGGGUGAGACCACAUGCGGAGUGGUGGAGUGAUGGAAUGACGACGCAUAGGAUAGAAGGGCGCAUUCGACAUACACACAGAUGCAUAUAAAUAUACGCACAUAAUUCACUGCGUACUUACUGAAUGGAAAUACGUUGUAUUAGUUAUUAAAAUCUGCCGAAACUCAGCAAAGAAUAAAAAACAAUUGUGCUAGUGUAAACUUUGAGAGCAACGAAUUGUUGAUAAAUCACUUUAGUUAUUGGGGCAAAUAAAUAAAAGAAAAAUAUGUAUCAUAAUCAAACAUCGUUUGCUUUAUUAGACACAACAACAGCAACAAGAUGUACAUACAUACAUUAGUUCGUUGUUUUUGCCCAUGAAAUGCUGCCUUUGCAUUUGUUGUUGUUUAUUUUCAAACGCUGCUGUCAUAUGUUUGCUCGUACGCGUUCAGGUCAAACGAUUCUAUACACCCAUACACCUUUCAAUCCUGACACCAGUAAGGCUGUUUACUUCUCAGCUCAAAGUAAUUAACACACUUGCCAGCGACAUGAACUCCGACGAGAACUCGCAUUAAAGUGAUGGUGGUGGUGGUCUGGAUGCAUCAAGCCACUAGGAGACAGAGGUUAACAAAACCAGAACCAACCGUUCAGCAAUACCGAUAAUCAGUACCACGGAGUUGUUGGAUAUUACAAUACUGGUAUACAUAUACAUAUGUAUGAAUAUACAUGUCCAUAUGCGGAAAAUCCGAGUAUAUACAUGUACCUGAGAGGGAGCUUACUUUGAGUGCACCCCGAAUGUUUGGAGAGUUGAGUGAACUGCUAAACUAUCAUUUGCCUGUUGACAGUGUACGAGUAGCGAGCCAUGUGUUAUAUGGGAGAAGAGAGACAGAGUCGCAUGUCCAAACUCGUGAGCCCAACUCGUGUGAAUGGCCUGCGAUUGCAAAGUAGCUGGUGGCAGCAAGAUUUUGCUUUCAGUCUCUAAUUUGAACUCGGUGCGGUAACAACUUGGCAAAUUAUUACGAU